GGUGUAGUAGCUUCGUGGAGCUCGAGAAGGGAGGCCUCCUUGGCAGUGACACGUGGACAACCUCUGGGUAACCCCAUAGCCACUUCAGUCUGUUCAGCAGGUCACGACGACCACAGACCGAAGGCGGCGGAGAUGGAGCAGAGGCUGCUUCGAUCUUUCUGUCCGAUUACACAGACGGCCCGGUGGCUGCUGCUGCUGCUUGUACUGCUGAUGAUCACGCAGUUGGCCUGCCCCGGCCAGGUAUCUGCCCUUCAGCCGCCACCUGGGUCGGUGAAGAUUGACAACUUCAGCUACGCAGGCAGCGGGUGUCCUCCCGGGAGUGUCGAACUCGUUAUGUCCGACGAUGGGAAGGCGAUGAGGCUGAAAUUCACCAAGCACCUUGCUACGACGUACAAGAGCGCGGCGCAUCGGAAAAGGAAGUGCAUAACGUCCGUACGCCUCAGUUAUCCUCCGGAAUUCGUCGUAGGGGUGGGGUCAAUCAGUGUCAGCGGGUACGCAAAGCUCGAUGGAGGCGUGUCUGGGUCGAUUAGCGCAUCGUAUUACUUCUCUGGGCAGCGCGGGACGGUUCGCAGCAAGCGCGCUAUGAAGGGACCCUUUGAGGAUAGCUUCGAAUUCGGCGACAGCUUCAUUAUGCCAAUGUACAGCACGUGCGGCACAGAGCAGACUCAGCAGACCCUGUCGAUGGUCACGGACAUCAAGGUGAGCCCAGGCAGGGCAGCCAAGGGAGGGGGAUUUAUUCGAGUGGACUCUACGCCCCAGAUCUGGGAUCUCGUCUGGGAGCGAUGCUAAGAAGCACAGCUCCACCAUCUUCCCCCGAAUAGAACGCACGGGUCGUUAUCGCUGUGUUCGGGGCAAUACCCGGUGUACACACAGCGAUGGUUACCGUACGUUCUAUUCCGGGGAAGAAGGCAGGAAGGCAGCCAACACUUCGAGCAACGUAAGGCUUGGCGCGUUAGAGACGAGUGGGAGGUCAGCGAAAAAGGGGAGGUUGAGAGUCUGUCUGCUGAAUGUAAUAUAGAGAAGUAAUGCCAUGAUUUUAUUUAUGAUAGUUUCAGAAUCUGUAAUUAGAAGUGGGCAGGGAUUGUGUUCGCGUUCGUGAUGUGUACGGACUCCGGAGGUCGUCACAGAUUACGUACGGAAUUUGUUACGGCAGUCGGACACGCUACAGCCUACCGGUAGCUUCAGUUCUGCUGACAUGGACCUGUACUAGAAGGCUGACGGUGAUAGCGGAGACUCUGUGGUGAGUCUGCUGACGCCAUUUGCUCUUGUGUUUGGUGUCUAUGUAUUAAUAUUAUGUAAUAUAACACGCUGGCAGGGACUGUGUUCGGGUUCGUGAUGUGUACUGAGGUUGUCACAGAGUAUAUACAGGGGAUUUGUUUCAGGAUUCGGACGAGCUAGCGGUGGCUUGAUUGUGGAAAUUCUGUGAUGAAUCUGGUGAUCCCAUAUGCUUUUGUUGUAG